AUGGUAGACUCUGCGGAAUUUGCACGUUGUUGUAUAUCGGAAAAUACACGCCCCAGUACAUCAGUAACACCGUUGACAAAAGAAUUACUCACUCAACUACUCCAGUCACCCCUGCUGAAACAGUCCUUUCAAGAUCCACGCGUUAUUCAACAAAUUUUGCAACAAAAUUAUGCGGCCCAACUAGCGGAAAACGUGGCUGGACGUCUGUCAACCGAGUCAAGUGGGCAGCUUCCGCUUCAAGCCCCUCGCCUAGACUGCGGCUCCACAAGUUCCCUACCCUCGUAUUUGUCCAUGAACUUUCCGCACCAACAAAGUGGAGAAAAAUCUGCCUCAAUCUCUCCGAAUCAGAUUAGUAACCCGCUCUAUUGUACCGAGAUCCCCUUACUUAGUCGCGAACCAUCAAUCACAUCUGGGGACUUUGGUCGGUCUCAGCUGGAAAUGAUCUCCCCAGCUGAAGCCGUCCAUGGAACAAGUAUCAACAUGAGCGAGAGUGUGGAACGAAAUCGCACAGAAAGUAGCAGUUGUCAGACUGAUUCCGGUGGGCGGAGUUUGCCUCUUGGGGCCACGGCUAAUGUAUGCGAGGAGCCGGAUUCGGCCUACUUGUCGCCCGUCACCAGCUCAUUCAUCUCGGUCACGGAACAAGAUCAAGGUUCACAACAAUCCAUUCCAUUCCAAGAAGAUAAACACUACUUACUUCGACCGCGUUUACGAGCCACGAAUCGUGAUCGUUUCCUCGUCCGAGUGAUCCGCGUCACGUAUCAAUGCUCGUGUCGAGUUAACCCGUCCUCGGAACAGGCCAAAGUUAUUGAUCCCAAGAAGACAGGCUGUCACAACAAGGAGUGUAAGAACAAAGAACCGAGAACUUAUGUUACAUUUCAAGCCCAACUGCCCAGCAUCAGUCUGUCGCUACGAUCCAGUGUGGCCGGUGUUUCGCUCAGUCCAGCAACCGGUUUGCGGCUCGGAUUUUCGUGUUCCUUAUCCAGUCAGGGUCCGGCUUUGCAGGAUUUUGCUAGCCCCAAGGUGGCAGAGAGGCUGGACGCAUGGGAACAAGCUGGAAAUAUGCCCGGAUUCCGUUGUCAAGUCCUCUCUGCAUUGCAUGACACUGUUGGGAUGAUGCUUCAACGAAUUCGAGAUGAAGGCGUGCAUGCCAUAAAACUGGACACCGACUACGUGUUCUAUCCGCCAGCGAAAGAACUACGAUUUGAUUCUGGGUCAUUACAGGAUCAAGAACAUCUCCGAAAUGCCACCGGAGAAAUGCAUUUCGCUAAUAUUGGUUCUAUGCUCCUAUAG